UUUCACUUUCUCUUUGCUAUUAAAACAGAUCACUUCAAACCACAACUGCAGUACAGUCAACAGAAAAUAAUCCUACAGCUGCAGAGAAUAAAACGGUACACAUGGUUAAGUGGAAACUGCUAGUGCAGAAUUUAAUGGAAUGUUUUUUAGAUCCAUGAUUGAACGCAAAGUUUAAAAUCAGUGGCACAUAAUAUGAAGUACUACACAGUUGAGACUGGCAAUACUUUGGAUUCUCAUAUUCAGUUUAUGAGACGACUCAACAACACCACAAGAUGUUUUACGGAAGUCAAAUCUCCAGUGGAGAGUGAUGUCAUCAUGGCUUUCUGUCCCAUCGUCUCCCGCGCCGGGACUGAUAUUGAAGCAGCACUGCAACAGAUUCCAAAGGGUAAAGAUGUCAUUCUGGUAGUACUGCAUCACAUCUUCAACCCAGACUACACUGUACCUUACAGCAGCAGACUAGUGACCAGAAGUGAUGUAAUACUCACAGUGGACUGUCUGUUCCAUGAGAGCCAGGGAGGACUACUGGACUGUCCUCACAAUGAUGCAGCAGUCAGAAAUAUUAGCCAGAAGUUUGACACAGUGGACUGUCUGUUCCAUGAGAGCCAGGGACUACUGGACUGUCCUCGCAAUGAUGCAGCAGUCAGAAAUAUUAGGCAGAAGUUUGACAUAGAUCCUAUGGCCAGAAAUUGUGACUGUCUAGCUUGGAUUCGAAACGCUGCCAUGGGGUUACUGUCUUUAUGCCGCAACUGCCCUUGUAUGGUGUUUUCUUACAUGAUGGGGCUCAUCUCAGGCGAAAGUAGGUUCCAAUCCAUGUCCCUUUGCAAGACCUCAUUCCAGAAAUGAAGACUAUUUACAUUUGGCCCAACUAUGAACAUGUGAUAAUAUAUAGUGUUACUCCUGUAAACGUGAUAAUCAAUUCCCUUAGAGAAUAAAUGUUAUGGAUUGCAUAUUUAAUUGCAUGUCAUUUAGGCCUACUUGAGAAAGUACAGAUAAUUUACAGUGGUAAUGUAUGGAAUUAGGCCUGGCUGUAUCAAUGUAACAAUAAUAUGGAAAUAAAAAAGAAACAGGAUUUGUGGAAGGGCACGAGUCUCAACAUCA